UCCUUUCCCAUCAAUCUUUUCAGCCCAGAAAAACCCAUUUUUAUUCCUCCUCCUUAUGCUGAAAGUUCUCUCAAAAUGAGUUGCAAUGGCUGCAGAGUUCUACGAAAAGGAUGCAGUGAAAAUUGCAUUCUUAGACAAAGCUUGCAAUGUAUAGACAAUCCUCAAGCACAAGCACACGCCACCGUCUUCGUCGCCAAGUUCUUUGGCCGCGCCGGCCUUAUGUCCUUUCUCUCCUCCGUCGCCGCCCCUCAAAGACCUGCUUUGUUCCAAUCGCUUUUGUUUGAAGCAGUGGGGCGGGCGGUGAAUCCCGUGAGUGGAGCCGUGGGUUUGCUAUGGACGGGGAAUUGGAACGCCUGCCUGUCGGCCGUGCAAACGGUGCUCCGAGGCGGCACGUUGCAGCCUCUCCCUGAAUUCAGCGGCGGAGUUUUGGUGUCGUCGGAGUUUGAGGAUGUUGCAGAAACGGUUGGUGUCGGCGGCGGCGGUUCUCACCCGAGAGUGGAAGAUUCUGUUACAAGGAAACGUUUUGAUGACGUUGUUAAACGUAAAACGACUGAUCUUGAUCUCUGCUUGAUGAUCGGAAACGAUAGAGCGGUGGAGAGAAGGAGAGAAUCUAUAUCGUCGGAAGAGUCCGAAACGACGACGGUGGGAAGUAGUUCAAAUGAUGGCGGCGGCGGCGAGAAUAAGCUUUUGAGACUGUUUAUCUGAGAAAACUUUUUUUCCACAUUUUCUCUAUGUAAUUUUUUGUUAUAAUUACUCUCUGAGAU